CCUGGGAAAUGAACCCGGACCGCUGAAGUGGAGCAUGCCAAACUUAACCACUAGGCCACUGGGGCUGGCCCUAAACUAAGUUAUCUUUAUUGCCCUUCUACCUCGAAAAUUCUGUUAGAAAAUUGGCUAUUCUUCUUAUAGGUGAUAUGCAAUAUUAUGAGACUAAUCAAGUUUAAUUCUUCAACUUGAGGUUUUGAGAAUCAGUCUUUCUAAGGAAGUUCUUUGGGCAUUUAGUGGUGAUGGGAGAAGUCUGGUCCCUCAUGACAUUGGAAGAUUUUCUCCAUGAGCAGUUUGGGAGAAUUUGACUUUGUGCCAGAAUGUAGAUAGAAGAGUAGAAUUGAGUUUGGUGUUUCUGAAGCAUUUUAGUUCAGUGGGAUUUUAAAGGAAAUCCCUAGAUGGAGGAGAUUAUUUUUAACUCUUAGAAAUCUGGGAUAUGGGAGUCCAACCUAAUUUAUAAAACAUGAUUUAUCUGUACAUUAUAGUAUUUUUUGCACUAAAAAUCAAGGCACAUGAUUGGAUGAAGGUUUUCUGGGUUUGAGAAGUAGGUUAGGAGAUGUUCUUUGCAUACAAAAUAAUAGAAUUUCCUAGAUGUUGUGAUUGGUUAUGUGGACAGUGGGAAAGAAUAUUUGAAACUGUGGUUGAUCUGUAUGAUUCUGGGCAGAUAGAGACUUGGCUUCGAGGUACCUUUUCCCUUUGGAGUGAUGUUCAGAGUAGAAAACAUCUUGGUUAUCUAUGUCAUAGUUAUUAAAUUAAUAGUUCUUGAAUGAAUGAAGAGACGUAGUAACAGGUUUAGCACUAAAAGAGGCUGCAAAGGGAAAUCCUUCACCCUAAAUUCUGAAGAGUGGAGUGGGGGACUAAGCACUGUGAGGCUGGACUAACCACUUGGUUUUUUCCAAGUGCUAUAAGGGAGAUUAACUAUCCUGCACGGCCUAUGAGUAAGGGUCUUGGUCUUUAGGGCCAGGUAAUAUUUUUGGUACAAAUGUGUGGAUGAAUAUCAUUUGUUGUGGUCCUUAGCACUUAGACUUUCUUGAUCAGAUAAUACCUUGACAAUUGGAGAAAACUCAGUGCUGAUCUUGUGUCAGUUGUAAAUAUGUGGAUUUAGAAGACAUUGUGCUAGUGGGUUAUUUUAGUCAAGGUGUUGAAAAAGAGGCAGGUAACUGAAAUGAACAUGAAGUAGAUAACUGGAAAGUCUUAAUUUUAAUAGCUUUACGUUUAUUAAAUAUCCCAAAUUAAACCUGAGUAACUAGAGACAUAGACCAGAGGGAGGGACUGUGAGAAUGUGCUUUACGAUUGACUUUCUGUGGGAACCCCAUCACCCCCAUUUGAAAAACACUUUCCUUGUGUUUGAGUAUGGAUUUAAUAAGGCUAGUUGACCGUGACAGCAAUAGGCCUGUGAUCCCAUGUGCUUAUUGUUUUUCUUUUAUCCCCAGAUCCAUCCUCCACUCUUCUCUGUACAUCCCCAGUUCACCUUUAUGGACUGUGUCAGAGGCGCCCUAGCUCUCAUGUCCAGUUGGGUUUAGCCAUUGGAAAUCAGAGGGCAGGAGAGAGUUGACAGCAUUUACUCUGUCCCUGCUCCCUGCUGGGCUGUUCUGCCUUUAGAUCUUGAGGUGAUCACCACUUUUCACCCUUGCUGUUGAACUAGAACUAUAGUUUUUCAUUGGUAGAUAUGAGAUAUUGUUAUUACAGUUUUAUAUAUAUAUAAAUAUAUGUAAAUAUGUAAACAUAUGUCAAUGUUUUUUAUGUUUGUUGUUCUCCAAUGUGUUAAGUCCUUGGAGGGCUGAGUUUUAUUACUUUCUAGUGCCCAAGAAUAGUGCCACCUAUUCUUGUUAUAGAACCUUUUUGUGGAGGAAGAGCUUUGAGAUAGCCAUUAAGGGAGAAGCAGUCAUCUUUGGAGGGCUGACCAGCUGUCGGAGCCAGACAGUCUGAGUCCUGUCCACCAUUCACUGCUCACCAGCUUCUCUGCCAGCACUAGCUCUUCAGACUCUGAAGGAAUGGGCAGAGGCACUGGAGCAGGACCCCACAUCACCCUAAAUGUCUAUGCGUGAAUAUAGGGGGGUAUGAGGACUAAGUUAUAUAAGAUAGUUAGUGUGCUUAGAACAGGACUUGGCACGUGGCAAGUACUCAGUGUCUGUUUGGUUAUGAUUUAGUCUAAUCCAUUCGUAUUUAGGGCAAAAAAAUAAUAGUUGGGAAUGUCAAGUUUAAUUCAGAGAAGAAGACUUAUUAGAAGGCCUUUCUCAUACUUUUUGUAUUGCACUCCAUACAGGUCAUCUAAAGUCCUAUGUAUACCUGGGACUUGGUUUCCUUACUCUUCGUUGGAGAUGAUCUUAGCUUUUCUUUCACUCCUGUGUUUUUAAGGUUUCAAUGAAAGACAGUUGGUGAAGUCAUAGACCAAAUUUAAGGAAGUCUUCUUUAAAAUAUAACCGUUUGGCUUUCUCAUUUUAAUUAACAGUUUAACUACAACUGGGCUGGGUUUAUCCCUUCUGGGUGCCUGCCAUUGCUUUGUUAGGAUUAUUCUAGGGGCUCGUUUUUUAAAAAAUAACUUUAUUGAGAUAUAUUCCCCCUACUAUAAAAUUUACCCUUUUAAAAUCUACAACUCAGUGGUUUUUAGUAUAUUCAGACUUGUGCAACCAUCACCAGUAUUUAAUUUUAGAGUGUUUUUAUUACUCCCUUAAGAAACCCCUUACCUGUUAGCAGUCACUCCCUAAUUCCCCUUCCUCCCAGCUCUUAGCAACCACUCUUCUACUUUCUGUCUUUAUAGAUUUACUUAUUUUGGAUAUUUCAUAUAAAUGGAAUUGAAUAAUAUGUAGCGUUUUAUGUCUUCUUCCACUUAGCGUGACGUUUUCAAGCUUCCUCCAUAAAGUACCAUAUAUCAAUAGUUUAUCACUUUUUGUUGGCUGAAUAAUGUUCCAUGGUAUAGAUAUACCUCAUGUUCUUUCUCCAUUCAUCAGUUGAUAGGCAUUUGAGUUGCUUCGACCUUGCAACUAUUGUGAAUAAUGCUGCUGUGAACAUUCAUGCACAAGUUUUGUGUGGAUGUAUGUUUUUUGGGGAGCUGUUCCUGCUUUGUUUCUAGUUGAGGCUUCCAGGGUGGGAUCCUUUGAACUCUGCAUGUAUCUCUUACUGUCAAGGGAGAGGAGGGUUCCUCUGAAGUCAGAAAAAUCUGCCCUGGGGAAUCCUGCAAGGGGUCAGAUGGACUUGCAGGAGCUGAGGAAGCAGCUUUGAGCCAGGGAUGUCUGAGGAAUGGAGCGUUCAGGCACAGGGUGCAGUGUGGCCUUGGGCGAUCAACCUCCCAGCUGCCUUCUCUGUAGGGGAAGAGUGAUGUUACUAUUGAAAGCGGGGACCUCCUCCAAACACUCAUGAGGACUAAUGAGUACAUGAUGGCUGUGCUAAGCUCUUCCUUUGACUGCUCUCCAUCUCAGAGGCAGCCCUGCCAUAGGGCUGAAAGUAGUAGGAUCUGUAAGAAAGCUGGAGAAAUGCAACUUGCUUUCUUGGGAAUGAGGGGUUAUCUCAUGCUUGGUUAGCAUACUAGUUAAUUUCCAGCACUCUUCAUGGAGAAUACUAGAUGUUGAAAACUUUGGGGUAUGUGAUCAACCACUUCACUGAAAGUCUAAUGAUCAGGCUGAUAGAGACCUUGCGGAGGAAGCCGUAUGGUGAUAUGGAAAUAACCUGCUCUCUGAAGUUACGCAGAUCCUGAGUUGGAAUCCUGCUUUUGCCAUCUCUCUAGAGUUACUUCAUAGGAAUAGUGACGCCUACUUGUCAGAAUUGUGAUGAGGAUGAAAUAAGACCACAGUUUUGCAAAAAACCUGUCACAGUGGCUGACACAUAAUAGAUUAUUUGUAAAUAUUAAUUUCCUUUUUCAUCCAGUUCAUUGCUGAGCUUCUCAGCAAACUAUAAUCUUGAUGAGAGAUUGGGCUGGAGGGCCAGCCUAGCUCGUAACUGUUAGUGUUUAUUUGACCUUGGACAAGACUUCACUUCCUGUUGCUAGAUCUUGAAGGUUUGUUAGUAUUAAAAUUCUUAGAUAGGCAUCUGGUCUUAUUUUUAGACUCGUAGGAGUGAAUCUGUCCUCUUUUAAAGAGUUCUUGUUAAAAUUUAAUGCAUUUCCUUUUCAUCUUAAGCUGUUUUGUCCAAUAUGGUAGCCACCAACACCACAUGUGGCUAUUUAAAUGUAAGCUAAUUAAACAUAUAUAAAACUAAAAAUUCAGUUUCUCAACCACACUAGCCACAUUUCAAGUACACAAGAGCUGCAUGUGUCUAGUAGCUACUGUAUUGGGCCAUGCAGAAAUACAACACUUCCAUCACGGGAAAUCCUGUUGCCCAGUAGUACUCUUCUUAUUUUAUAGAAUAAGAAGUGGGAACUUCAGUAGAAGCUCGUUCUUGCAUUUGUUUGUGUGAAUCUGUGGCUGGAACUCUCUCAGCCCCUCACUUUGGGUUGCCAAAAAACGAUUGAUAGCUGCGGUAAUGACCUGCAGUGGAAUCUUUGUUCAGACAUUUGCUUAAGUCUCCCUAAAAGUUUCAAACUUAAAGAUACAAGACCCAUUUAACCCUAUUUACCCUGUAAACAAUGUCACCAGCUCUCCAUACCUCCACAGGUCAUAGAGAGUGUUUUACUUUUGGCUGAAAGUUUAUAUGCAAGCAUCUUUUCAAGUAGGAUCACUUAAAGAUGAAUAUGUGCAAAUUGAGUUUCCCCUGAGUCGUAUUUAGCACUUUAGUAUCCUUUUCCAUUUAUGGAAACAUCUAAGCUAACAGGAUUUAUACAUCAUUUUCAGAAUUCUAGUGUUUUUUCUGGUCCUAGAAUGACUAUAUAUCUAUAUCCUACUGUGGCCUUAUAAAUGUGUCAUGCUGGUUACAUUUGAAUGUAACUAACUGAAUAUUCAUAAUAUGUAUUUGAUUUCUUGUUUAACCUGCUCUUCUGUUUUUCUUUUUCUUUUCUUUUUCCCAUUGGGUCAGCAAUUAGAAGACCUAAUGUUUAUUCUAUUUCACUAGCCCAAAUCUCUUUCCUGCUUUCUUAUUUAUUAAGCAUUAUUUGUGUGAGUUGCUGAGGAUGCAGAAAUGAUCACAAUGUGGUUUCUGUUCUGGAGGGACUCCCAGUUCCCUCAUGUGUGAAGCGGGAUAGUAAUGCAUGGCCUGUGUCUGCCUUGCUGCUUUGUUAGUGGAUUUACUGAAAGCUUAAAUGUGACACGCUGUGUAGACUGCUCAUUGUUAGACAAACGUCAUGUAUUAGCAUCCUUUUUAAUGGGAUAGGUGGAAGUGUGGGCUAUUUAAUGAGAUUCUUCAUGGAAUGAGUUUUCUGGAGAGAUUUUCAGGAGUGAGAAGAUGUGUGCCUCGGAGCAGGUGAGAUAGGAGGACCUGUUCCAGGUGUUGAGACAGGUGACUAGGGAAGGACUGAAGGGAACAGCUAUGAAACAAGCCUGAGCAGAGGAAGGGAGGUGAAACGCAGCUGUCUUUCUCUCUGCUGUCUGUUUGUGUGUGUUUUCUUAUGCUCUCGUGUAGGAGAAAUGGAACCCUUGAGAUCAGUAGAGUAAUGUUGAGUCCUGCUGAUGAGGAAGGGAGAUGUCUUUAGAGACUAUAAUGAUAUUAUUACCCAACCAGGUCCUUUUGCCUGUCACAUGAAAAGCCAGUCACCGAGAUGACGAGUUUGCAGCAGAGAAAGGAUCUAUUCACAAGGCAGCUAAGCGAGGAGAUGGGAGGACAAAUCUCAAAUCUGCCUCCUUGAAAAUGGAGUUCAGGGAUAUUUAGGGGAUAAGGGGCAGUGUAGUCUGAAGUGUGGGAAUAGGUGAUUGGAGGAAAGGAGAAGUGAGGCAAUUGAUGCUCUACACAAGUGUAGUCAAGUUUCGUGGCUUUUCAUAGGACCAUGUUCACAAAGUGGUGGCGCUCGCCUGAUCUGAGUGUGGAGAUUUCAGCUCCUUGAUAUCAGGAGGUCGCCUGUCAGACACCUGUACAGGCCCAGUUGGUGGACUGGUGGUCUCCACCAGCCUGAAUUGGACAGAGGUCAACUCUUAGUUCCUGAAAAACAACUCAAGCAUCCUUUACCAUGGUGACCCAAGCAUGGGGAGAUGUUAUCUGUAGGGUAGCUUUUGGUAAUGCAUCAUCUAACUACUUUUGCAGACAGACAACUCACUGAGUAUAGGUAAAGCAAGCUGGUCCCUUUUUCAGUAUUUUAAAAGUGUAUGCAGUGUGUUCACAUACUAGGUACGAGCCAUUUAAAAACCACUCUUCUGUUAGGACAGAUGCUGGGAUGUGGACACUGUUGAUUUAUUGGACAACCCAUUAUGAUGCUUCCACGUUGUCAGUGAACUCUGCUAGGACUGUCAGAUUGUCUGUUUGGAGGAACUUCAUUUAAAACUAUGAUGGCUCAUGGUGAGGCAAAUAUAUUUCCAAAUUGUAUUAUUUCACUUUACUGGUCUCAGAGUUAGACAUCAGGUGGGCUAUCCUGAUACAUCAGUGCUUGACUAAGUGAAGUGUCAUAUUGCAGUAUGGUUAAUAUUCCAUUUGUUUGUUUAGCUCCUCAUCCUUUAAUUUUGCUUUUAAACUUGUAUCUAGUAUUUUUAAGGGUGUUAGCAUCAUUUUUACUUAGUUUUCCUUUUAAAAUGCAGAUAUUUUAACAAUCUGCUAAAAAUGCAGCAGUGCUAGAAGGAAAUGCUUUGCAUCAAGGUUAAGAAACAAUACUCUGUUCCCAAGGCCAGGGGGGUGCCAUAUCCCUAGCUUUACUGUGGUAGAUGGAAGGCUAGAAAACUUACUGGAAAGAGAAGUCUCAAGUAUUUGGGAGAUUUUUGAGUUGACUCUCUGAAAUAGAUAAUAGGACACAUGAAUAUGGGGAGUGAUAGAGAACUGAUAUAAAGGGAUUUUUGGAAGGAGUGUCCCUUACCUAGUCUAGUUGAUUAUUUCUCUUGGAUGUUGUAGUCAUGGAAAAAUGUAAUGAAGUCUGUAAAAAUGGAGAGGUGGGUGAGAAUUCACUAGCUUUAUGAGAAUAUCUACAAAUACAUAAACUAGAAAUAGAUGCAUCCAUAUCAAAGAUAGCCCUCGAUGUGGGCAAAAAGGUGAAUUAAAAAAAUGUUUCUACUGCUCCCGUUUGAACACGGACCUAGUUAAUUGACACUAAUCACUGCCUGUUUGCUAUUUUUAUAGCACUCAUUGCCUUUUAAUUCUUGUGUCCAUCUCCCCCUGGGCUUUGACCAGCCAAGAAUAAGGUCAGUUCAUCUUUGUAUCCCUAUCAUCUAGCACGGUGCCUGGCACCCAGAAGGCAUUCAGUAACUAUGGGUUGAAUGAAUGAACCAUUUGUACGUGCAAAAUCGGGUCCUGUGUUUGAGCCAAAGGAGCCUAUUGUCAACCUUGGCGAGCACACUGCUGGGAAAGCUUUUUGCUUGUGUGGCAAUCUAGCAGCUGAAGUCUAUUGUAAAAAGUGAAAACACCUUCAAAUGACUUAUCUCUUCUUGAUCUUUAUUAAGAUAGCAAUAUUGUGUCCACACUUUCUUCAUUGUAUGUAGUAACUUCUCACAAGUUUAUGAGGUACUUGUAACCUUAAAGUGUUUCACCAUGCUGGCCUGGGGAAGUCAGGGUGAAGUUGAAGGCACUGUUCAUUCUCCUUUCCAGGCCCUGGGCUCUCCCACCUCUGCACCUUUCUUCAAUUUCCCUUCCCCAGGAACACCCGUCCUCUUCCACCUUCCCUUUGGCUCUCCCUCAUGGAUUACUCUCAAGGUUAUAGUCAUCCUGCGAGGCUGGGAUCAGAUCUAACUUGUAUAGAAAGACUGUCUUUUGAGUCUGAGGGAAAAACCUUUUUCCUGCCCCACACCCCCACUGUAGUUGGUUUGCAGAUGAAUGUGUAGUUUGUUUCACACGGUGUCUAUUGUACUCUGACGACUUCACAGUGUCGGGAAACCAUGCCAGCGUGAGAGCGUGAAGGGCAGCAACAAUGAGAUAAUAUUGGCUUUUUCAGUUACCAACUGGGCAGUUAUGGCAGAUACUUAAACUGAGCCCAGUUUUCUCAUGAGCAAAACAGGAACUUGGCAUGACUAAAUGGAAGAAGGUGGAUGACGCUGAGGAAUGGCUCUUAGUAGGUGCCUAAAUGCUAUGAACCUACCCCCUGACAAAGCCAGGUUACUGCGGCAGUAUGACAACGAGAAAAAGUGGGAGCUGAUUUGUGAUCAGGAACGAUUCCAGGUGAAGAAUCCUCCCCAUACAUAUAUUCAAAAGCUCAAAGGCUAUCUGGAUCCAGCUGUUACGAGGAAGAAAUUCAGACGGCGUGUUCAAGAAUCCACACAAGUGCUAAGAGAACUGGAAAUUUCUUUAAGAACCAACCAUAUUGGAUGGGUCAGAGAGUUUCUGAAUGAAGAAAACAAAGGUCUUGAUGUUCUAGUGGAAUAUCUGUCGUUUGCUCAGUAUGCAGUCACUUUUGACUUUGAGAGUGUGGAAAGCACUGUGGAGAGCUCGGUGGACAAAUCUAAGCCCUGGAGUAGGUCCAUUGAGGACCUGCACAGAGGGAGCAACCUGCCCUCCCCCGUGGGCAACAGUGUAUCCCGCUCGGGAAGACAUUCUGCACUGCGAUUGGUUUCUCUGCCUGAGUAUCUUCAGUUCAAAUGCCAACAGAGCUGCUUCUCUCCCUGUUGCCUCUGGAGCAGCUUCAUUUUACACACUGAUGAUGAGGCUUCAAACCGGAAAAUCUCAUAUAAUACUUUGCCAAGCAGAAGAACUCUGAAAAAUUCAAGAUUAGUGAGUAAGAAAGAUGACGUACAUGUCUGUAUCAUGUGUUUACGCGCCAUCAUGAAUUAUCAGUAUGGCUUCAACAUGGUCAUGUCUCAUCCGCAUGCUGUCAAUGAGAUUGCACUAAGCUUGAACAACAAGAAUCCCAGAACAAAAGCUCUUGUUUUAGAACUGUUGGCAGCCGUUUGUCUUGUCAGAGGCGGGCAUGAAAUCAUUUUAUCAGCAUUUGACAACUUUAAGGAGGUCUGUGGAGAAAAACAGCGCUUUGAGAAGUUGAUGGAACAUUUCAGGAAUGAAGACAAUAACAUAGAUUUUAUGGUGGCCUCUAUGCAGUUUAUUAAUAUUGUAGUCCAUUCAGUAGAAGACAUGAAUUUCAGAGUUCACCUCCAGUAUGAAUUUACCAAGUUAGGCCUGGACGAAUACUUGGAUAAGCUGAAACACACUGAGAGUGACAAGCUGCAGGUACAGAUUCAGGCUUACCUGGACAAUGUGUUUGAUGUCGGAGCUCUCCUGGAAGAUGCUGAAACCAAGAACGCAGCCUUGGAGAGGGUGGAAGAACUGGAAGAAAACAUCUCUCAUUUGUCUGAAAAACUGCAAGACACAGAGAAUGAAGCCAUGUCCAAGAUCGUGGAACUGGAAAAGCAGCUCAUGCAGAGGAACAAGGAGCUGGAUGUUGUUCGAGAGAUCUACAAAGAUGCAAAUACCCAGGUUCACACAUUAAGGAAGAUGGUCAAAGAAAAAGAAGAAGCCAUUCAAAGACAGUCUACCCUGGAAAAAAAGAUUCAUGAACUGGAGAAACAAGGGACCAUUAAAAUUCAGAAGAAGGGGGAUGGGGACAUCGCUAUACUGCCGGUUGUGGCUUCUGGUACAUUGUCCAUGGCGUCAGACAUGGCAGUGGGACAAAUAAUGGGGGCCGCCUCCACAGGACCCUUGCCCCCUCCUCCUCCAGCGCUACCUCCGUCGUCAGACACUCCUGAAGCAGUGCAAAAUGGUCCAGCAACCCCACCUAUGCCACCACCACCCCCUCCUCCUCCACCGCCCCCUCCUCCCCCACCUCCUCCCCCACCCCCACCUCUCCCUGGUCCUGCAGCUGACACUGUGCCAGCUCCUCCUUUACCACCUCCCCCUCCUCCCUCUGCACCCCCGCUGCCUGGGACAUCUUCACCCACAGUGGUUUUCAACUCAGGAUUAGCAGCUGUGAAAAUUAAGAAGCCAAUCAAGACGAAAUUCCGAAUGCCAGUUUUUAACUGGGUCGCCCUGAAGCCAAAUCAGAUCAAUGGCACAGUCUUCAACGAAAUUGACGACGAGCGAAUUCUGGAGGAUUUAAAUGUGGAUGAAUUUGAGGAAAUAUUUAAGACAAAAGCCCAAGGUCCUGCCAUUGAUCUUUCUUCAAGCAAACAGAAAAUAACACAGAAGGGAUCAAACAAAGUGACGCUACUGGAAGCAAAUAGGGCCAAAAAUCUCGCCAUCACUUUAAGGAAAGCUGGAAAGACCGCUGAUGAGAUAUGUAAAGCUAUUCACGUAUUUGACUUGAAGACACUGCCUGUAGAUUUUGUAGAAUGUUUGAUGAGGUUCUUGCCAACUGAGAAUGAAGUGAAAGUGCUUCGGCUCUAUGAGCGGGAAAGGAAGCCCCUGGAGAACUUGUCAGACGAAGACCGGUUCAUGAUGCAGUUCAGUAAGAUCGAGAGGCUCAUGCAGAAGAUGACCAUCAUGGCCUUCAUUGGGAACUUUGCUGAAAGCCUUCAGAUGCUGACUCCUCAACUGCACUCAAUUAUAGCAGCAUCUGUUUCUAUAAAGUCAUCGCAGAAACUCAAGAAAAUUCUGGAGAUCAUUUUGGCCCUUGGAAACUAUAUGAAUAGCAGUAAACGAGGAGCCGUUUAUGGAUUUAAACUUCAGAGUUUAGAUCUGCUCUUAGACACAAAGUCAACAGACCGAAAGCAGACGCUGUUGCACUAUAUAUCGAAUGUCGUCAAGGAGAAAUAUCACCAAGUGUCCCUCUUCUAUAAUGAGCUUCAUUAUGUGGAGAAGGCUGCUGCAGUUUCCCUUGAGAAUGUUUUACUGGACGUCAAGGAGCUCCAGAGGGGCAUGGACUUGACCAAGAGGGAGUACACCAUGCAUGACCACAACACGCUGCUGAAGGAGUUCAUCUUCAACAAUGAGGGGAAGCUGAAGAAGCUGCAGGAUGAUGCCAAGAUUGCACAGGACGCCUUUGAUGAUGUAGUGAAGUAUUUUGGAGAAAACCCCAAGACAACGCCACCCUCUGUCUUCUUUCCCGUCUUUGUCCGGUUCGUGAAAGCCUAUAAGCAAGCAGAAGAGGAAAAUGAGCUGAGGAAAAAGCAGGAACAAGCACUCAUGGAAAAACUCCUGGAGCAAGAAGCUCUGAUGGAGCAGCAGGAUCCAAAGUCUCCUUCCCACAAAUCAAAGAGGCAGCAGCAAGAAUUAAUUGCGGAAUUAAGAAGGCGACAAGUUAAAGAUAACAGACAUGUGUACGAAGGAAAAGAUGGUGCCAUUGAAGAUAUUAUCACAGAUCUUAGAAACCAACCAUACAGACGAGCCGAUGCGGUGAGGAGAAGUGUCAGGCGGCGCUUUGAUGAUCAGAACUUGCGUUCUGUUAACGGUGCCGAAAUAACCAUGUGAACCUGAGACCUGCCUGUAUGAAUGGAGGGUGUGCGUGAUUGAAACUGUCCACAGGAAAUUUAUGUGCUACCAUUUAACUGCAGCCUUGAACAUAGAUAAUAUAUUCUAAGGGCUCAGAUUUAGCAAACACAUAGGAAUUUAAAAAUGAUGGGCUUUCCUUUCAACCUUUGUUAACAAGUGCCUAAAAGUGGAAGUACCUGCUCAGAUUAAUCAAAGCAAUAGGAUUUGAUUUGAUUAGGUAUCUUUUUACACCAGUAUGUUAUUCAAUUUUUUAACCAAAAUGUAAAUUUCAUAUUAGAGUCAUUACCUGCCAUUGUGAUUGUCCCAUGAUGGCCCACCCUGGUUUCCUGAUAAAUUGUAAAUAACAUGGAUGCAUCUGCUGUGGGCUUCCUUUGCUGAGAUAUCUUUUAAGAAAUUAAUUUUGUGUUUCAGCCAUACCCAUCAACUUUGUAUUUUUAACGGCUUGCAACAUGGAAGAAGGAAAAAGCCACAUGAUAAACUCCUUCUGCCCAUAACCAAGCCCCAGCAAAGUACAGACAAGAUGCAAUUGCAGUGGCACAGGAGAAGUCACUCAACUCUCUCUCUUGUUUCACAUUCUCCUGCUUCUGUGCUAGGGUACACUGCCCUGAGAGACAUUCACCAGUCUGAAUGCAAGGAUAUGAUGGCAUACAAAUGUUGUAUAAGACUUAUUUGCAGUACUGUGUUCUUCAGCUAGAGGCAGCUUUUAAAAAAUAAUGCAAAAUGUAUUUAUUAAUUAGCACUAAAAUUAACAUCUCAGUAAUCACUGUUAGGAUUUCUGAGGACCAUUAUGGGUCAAUCCUGAGAAUAUAAAUCAGUGCCUUGCCAGCCAGGGAGAAGUCCACUAGCUCUAUGAACAAGCAUUCAAGAUUACUUCUGCUAGCAGCGUAGUGUUAGUAACCUGGCCUUAUUUUCCUCUGACAAUCGCAAGGUUUUGUUUUGCUGCUGCUUCCUUUUGUAAAUUGGAGAAGAUAUAUUUGGCUUCAUAUAUCAAAGCUAAGAAGUUAUUUUAUUUCUCAUUACUUUAUGAGGAACUGCAGUGAAAUUGCUCAAGUAUUCACAUUGGGAUUAAGCUUAAAUGCUAUGUAAUGGGACUGAACAGCCAACUAAGCCACUGUUAUUUUUCCUUCCUCUCUGGCACGGCACUUGAUCCAUUCCAAAGUCAAAAACUGGACUGAAGCUAAUUUGUACUUUUCAUAAUAUACAUUGUGCUUCUGGCUUACCUUCUUGGUACAUUACAUCAAUAUAUUAAUUGUAAAGUUUAUUGUAUAGUAUUUAACCACUGAAUUUCUUAUUUUAUGUUGUGCUUAUGUGAACUCCAUGGUGAAGGUCCCAUUUUCCUUGAUAAUGUGUAGUUAUAUGAUCUCUUUUUAAAUGUACAGAUAUUUUGCUAUAAAACUGGUGCAGUUUUUUAUGGUUUUUACACUUCUCUUUAAUUCCCACCUAAGCCUCUGGGUAAUAUUGUAAAUAUUGUUUAAAAAUGCAUCAGCCUAUGCUAUACAAUCUGAAUGUUAUUUUAACUUAUAGUUUUUUUUUAAUAUAUAUAUUUAACUACAAGGACAGUUUAGGGAUCAGUUACAUUUCACUUUAGCAUACCUAUUUACAGAAAGAUUACGUUUAAACUGCCACCUGCUAGCACAUUUUCCGAAAUGUGUAAUUGAAAAAGAACAUGCCAAGAUUUUGUCUUUCUGUUGACUGAACAUUCAUUUUGAUGAAGAAAGCAAUUUGACCAUGAGAUGUAGCACAAGUAGUUGGUCCUUUACCACAAGCAGCUGUUUUCCAAAGCUCAGUGCUGAUGAGCAUAUGUUAAAAUAAUUGCCUAUUUAUUAAUCUACAGACAGUAAUGUUGGCAUGUUCUUUUCUGUCUAUUAAUGGGCCUGCUUCUUAGCAAUAUUAGAAAUGUUUUAUAAAAGCAGUUCAUGUUACUUUUCUGGUCUUUUCAUGGCAUAUGAGCAAAUAAACUAUUUACACUACUAUCCUGUAA